AUGGCAUCUAGUAAUCGCUUCCUCUGCGAUUACAACUGUUACUUGAUCGUCUCUACAUCUAAGUACACGUCUUACUCCAGUGUGUAUGACGAGAAGGGCAGUAAGAUCAUCGAAGACAUUGCGCUUGAAAUGGAGAAAUUGCUUAUAGCCAAGGUGGAGGCUGUCAACAUCCCAUACCUAAAUGCGAAGAACUUGCUAAGUAGCAACGACCUUGAAGUUAUUGCGGAAAGCGGGAACCCGAACGUGGCGGAGAUGGCGCGCGAGUCGAGGUCACUCACUUUAACCCCUGAUCCCAGGUUGGCCAACACGCCCGUGAGCCAUGAGUUCAGUACCGUUCAGGUUCCCACCAACGUGUACGACAGAUGCUUAAAAUGGCCAACGAACAAUGCGGAACUGGGUAUCGACACGUUUGACUGUCGGGUUCGGAGCUGGUACCUCAUGGCGGCCACUUGUCCUAAGAACGUCAUCAUAUUGCUCGAUGUCAGCGGCAGCAUGCAAGGGCAGCUGAUGCAAAUCGCAAAGAGUACCGUGAAGCAUAUUCUAAACACACUCGAUGACGACGAUUACUUUAAUUUGAUCUUGUUUUCAAACACGGUGCGAUACAUUGACGGAUGUUUCAAUCAAACCAUGAUGCGGGCAAACAUAAUGAACAAGGAAGCAGUGCUCGACCUCGUCGAGGAGCACAAGGAGACGAAGGAGAAGGCAAACUUCGGCCUUGCGUUUGAAGAGGCGUUUCUACUACUGAAACAUAGAGAGGAAUCCGAACGGGCCUAUCCAAAUGACCUUUGCAAUAAAGCUAUCCUACUGAUUACCGACGGUGUUCCGGAACAUUACUCCAACGUGUUCGAGAAGUACAACUGGCCUUCCAAACCGACGCGUGUGUUUACGUUCCUUCUCGGGCAUGAGGUAGGCGAUACCAGGGAAGUCCGUUGGAUGGCCUGUGCUAACAAUGGUUAUUACUCGCACAUACAUUCUCUGGCUGACGUACAAGAAAAUGUACAGAACUACAUUAAAGUGCUCAGUCGACCGAUGGUGAUCAACCGCUUCCACAAUCUGGUCUUCUCCUCGCUCUACCAGGACCACAUGUCUCAUCUGAACAAAGAUACGGGUCUCCAGUUUAUGACAUCGGUUGCAAUUCCAGUGUUUGACACAAAGAACGAAACGCAUGGAGAGGGCAACCUUCUAGGUGUCAUGGGUACAGACAUUCCAGUGUCAUCAUUUAAAGAUCUUGCCCCUUCUUCAAAGUUGGGGGCGAAUGGCUUUGCGUUCAUGAUCAACGAGAACGGCUACGUGCUGCUUCAUCCCGAUUUUAAGCCUUCCUGGAAGACUUCCAAGCUGAAGGCGAACACGAUGAACCCAUUCUACAGAAACAUAGACCUAACGGACGUAUUUAAUCCGGACAACAAGGACCAAUUUAAAGAUCCUGGUGAAUGUGACAGUAAGAAAGAGCUGUUCACGAACCUUGUACAUGAUUGUUACCACAUCAACAACAUCUCUAAAAGAUGGGGCCACUUUGGGGACGCCGUAGAAAAACGCAAUGUUACCACGGUUCAGUCAGACGCUUUAGAACCUGAUAAACUUAAUUUAACAAGUUUUGGUGUAAAGCUUCUUUUCUUCGCUACAAGGAAUGGAUUAACGAAAUACCGCUCGUCAUCUACAGAUGCAACCGGUUUUAUAACGAACAACACGGACACGUUGGAUGCCGUCUAUUACCGACGGGCGAUGGAAGGCGUCGAGAUGUUGGAGGGGCAGCCGCGUUACAGAUACACGUACUCUGUGUUAUUAAACAGGGCGUUCAGCAACGUUUCCACAAUGGUAACGAUAGUGGCGCCUGUCGCCCGGGCGGAAAACAACAUGCGUAGUAGACUCAGCGUCGCCGGCGUGGUCGGCAUGCAGAUGAAGUACGAGGCUCUGAGUUCCAGAUUCUUGCAAGAGACGUCAUAUGGGCCAGUGAACUGCGCAACUAAUGGGUUUAAAUGUUACUUGGUGGACAACCAGGGCUACAUAGUGGCCUCCAAGACGCCUAAGGACCAGGUUGGGAAGUUCUUCGGUGACGUAGAGAAUAGCGUGAUGUUGCAGCUCCUCAUUAAUGGUGUUUUCUACGGCCACGAGUUCACGGAUUACCAGGCGCUGUGCGAUAUUAAAGAAUCCCAGACAGAGUCAAACGCCGCCAGCAUGUUGCUCAAUCCAAUAAAAUCCUUAAUUAGAGGAAUCGUUCUAUUGUUCACGGAAUUCGUUAUAAUGAUCUCGGAGUUUAGCCUAAGUUCAAUCAUCAACAACAUACGUGGUGAUGACAGUCUAGAGUACGAUCACCACGACCUCAACCACAACUGUUCAUCGUUCAGAGAGGAAUAUGAUCAAAGCGAAAAGAGCCUAUCUGAGCAACUUGCCUACAAUCAGCAGGUCCUGAUGUUGUGUGCGAAUAGCAACAGCAGGGGCAAGGUGGUUUCUCAAAAACCGUGCCACAAGACGUUCAUGCUGUAUAGGGCCAACUUGUCAAUGGUCACCCUCCCGUUUUUGGGCAAUAUAUCCGGCUGUAAAUAUACGGAAGCAGGAGAUUGCCACUCUCCGGAUGUCCCCGAUGUCGACGAUAUCGACAGAAGAUGUCCUCGAAUCCAGAAAGAUAAGUUGAACAUAUCUUAUAUUUAUCGCGUAUGAGGCAAAGCAGGACAAAUGUGUUUGCUUUUUAUGUAUUUCGGACUGUUGGUAAACCUCGUUCAUUUUCUGUUAUUAGUUCAGCAGUUCCAUCCGUUCGUGAUGAUGUCACUUGGAAUUGUAAAAAAAAUCCCGUUUCCAUUAGUCGUUUUUUUAUUCUGGAAUUCCCUUCGCCCAGCGGAAAAACAUGUGUAGGGAAUGACCAUGAGACUUUUUCUUAGGCCUUUCAACCCCUACCUCAGAUUUAUGUUGUCAGUAACGUUCAGUUAAUGUUCCGUUAGUGAUUUUUCAACCCGCUUUUUAACAACGAUGUUAGUUAGUUUACUAAAAGCUGUUAUAUCAUUUAAAUACUUUUGAAUAUGUAGAACAAAAAAAAUCGUUUUGUUACGUGGCGAUUUCGUAUUUAU